AUGGCCGAAUAUCGAGUGCUCCUUGCUGGUGCUACGGGAUAUAUUGGAGGGUCGAUCCUUACCGGUCUUCUCCAGUCGAAGAAUGACGCCUUUCGCAACCUCAAAAUAUCGGCACUGGUCAAGGGAGAGGAUAAAGCCGAUGCACUCAAGCAACUGGGCGUUCAGCCCAUCGUAGUCCCGGAUUACAACAAUUUAGAGACAAUCCGGGAGGCAGCGCGCGGAAAUGACAUCGUCAUCAACGCUGGGUUUGGAUUCAAUCCCGCGUUUGGAAAAGCACUAGUCGAAGGGUUAGCAGAGAGAAAGAAGGCAACCGGGAAGGAUACAUAUAUAAUCCAUACAUCCGGCAUAACCAACAUCGCGGACUUGCCUCUUAGCGGUAGAUUCACCGAGACACGAAUCUUCAGUGACAAGGAUGACAUUUACGCGUACGAGGAAGGGCGAGAGUCGCGGGUGCCGUACCCGCAGCGUACGACCGAGCUGACUAUCAUCAACACCGCGGAUGCUCUCAACGUGAAAGCCUAUGUCGUAUUCAAUCCCAUCAUUUAUGGCACUGGAUUAGGGACCUUUAACAAGUUCUCAUUCCAAAUUCCGCUUCUCAUCAGGAAGUCGCUUGCUCACAAGCAGGCUAUUGUGGUGGGCACGGGCGACGGGAUUUGGGGCCACGUCCAUAUUGAAGAUUUGGUGGACCUGUAUCUCCUUAUUCUGGAGAAGGUAGUCGUUUCAAAAACAACAGAAAUCCCGGCGAACAAGAAGGGCAUCUACUGCUCCGAGGCGGGAGAGACCACAUUCCUCGAUAUCUCUAGAGAGAUCGGAAAGGAGGGAAGGGCUCUUGGUGUCUUUGAGACGGAUGAGGUGAGAAGUCUCACGUUGCAAGCGGGGGCAGAGGCGAUUGGGUUCAACGAGGCGGUGGUGGAAUUGGCUUUUGCAUCCAAUGCUCGCACCAAGUCGGACCGAGCUCGUGAGCUGUUUGGCUGGAAGCCCAAGAAGACGAUUGAGGAUUUCAAAAAGAGUAUUCACGACGAAUUCAGGGCCCUUUAUCAGGGAAAUUGA